AUGGAAGAGACCCCUGAAUACACCAGCAAAUGGUCCGCUCCUCUCCGCGUACCAUGGGCGACAGCGCCUGGACGCGUCGAGACCGAACUUGAAGAUCUUGUGGUCUACGGCGAGAUCCCGAAAGAGAUCGAUGGGACGUUCUACCGCAUCAUGGCUGAUCCCUUUUACCCUCCAUCUCCCGAGAACAACAUCCCAAUUGAAGGCGACGGACAUGUUUCUGCCUUUAGAAUCUGCAAUGGAAAAGUGAGCAUGAAAACCAGAUACGUCGACACUGAGCGCCUCAAACUUGAACGAAAGGCCAACAGACGGCUUUUUGGGCUCUAUCGCAACCCGUUUACACACCAUCCCUGUGUUCGAGCUGCCGUGGACUCCACCGCCAAUACAAACAUGGUCUACUGGGCUGGUCGUCUGUUGGCCCUUAAAGAAGUGGCUCUCCCGUACCAAGUGCAUCCAGACACGCUGGAGACAAUCAGAUAUGAUCCUUUUGCGGGUCAAGUUGCUGCAAAGACUUUUACAGCACAUCCAAAAGUGGACCCUUUCACGAACGAACUUGUGGUUUUUGGAUACGAAGCUAAGGGCCUGGCUACUUUGGAUGUCGUCAUUUAUGCCCUUAACCAGUAUGGACAGAAACAGCACGAGCAAUGGAUCAAACUCCCCUACUGCGCUAUGGUCCACGACUGCGCUAUCACACCAAACUUUAUCAUCUUGGUUCUGUGGCCCUUUGAAGCCGACUUGGAACGAAUGAAGGCUGGAAACCAUCACUGGGCAUGGAAUGCAACGCGAGCUGCGACCUUUAUUGUGGCUCCAAGGAGGCCUGGGAGCUUUGUUCCCAAGGGUUGGAGGCCGGGUGAGUCCAGGGUGUACGAGUGGGAUAACUGCAUCGCGCUGCAUACCGCUGGGGCUUGGGAGGAAGACGAUUGUGGAACCCUAUAUAUGGAGUCGUCCCGCGUUUUUGAUAAUGAAUUGCCAUUCUUCCCACCAGCAGCAGGCGCGAUGCCCCCACCGACUGGCAAGGCGGACUUUGUGCGCUGGAGAUUCGACCUGAGUGAGCCCAGCGGUAGUCGGAUCUCCAAACCUCAAAUCAUCCUGGAUCUGCCAUGCGAAUUCCCAAGGAUUGAUGAGCGGAUCAUGACAAAGCCUUACACCUGUCUAUUUUUGGAUGUGGUGUUGGGGCCAGCACCGGGACAGGGUGUAAUCCCAUCGCUCAACGGCCUUGCAAUGGUUAACACCAAGACGGGGGAGACGACUCUCUACAACCCUGGUCAAAACUGCCAUGUAGAAGAGCCCGUCUUUAUUCCGCGUCACAAGGGUGCCUCUGAAGGCGAUGGAUGGGUUUUGGCCAUGGUGGAGAGAAAGACGAUCAACCGGUCUGACCUUGUUAUGCUGGACACUAGGGACUUCAGUCGUCCAGUGGCUCUUGUACAACUUCCAUACAGGAUUAGAAGUCAGAUUCAUGGCAACUGGGUGCCUAGCGAGCAUCUUGCUGAGCGUCGCAGUCUUGUGAGGGAGCUCGGACAUGUCCAGGUUAGUGGAAGAGGAGCCUUGGAACCAGAAGCUUAG